AUGGCUGGUCAUAACAAGUGGAGCAAAAUAAAGCAUAAAAAAGCUAAAGAAGAUGUAAAGCGUGGUAAAAUUUUUACGCGUUUUGGCCGUGAAAUUCAAGUUGCUGCUCGUGCUGGUGGACCAGAUCCAAACUAUAAUGCGGCACUUAGAACAGCUGUUGAACGUGCGAUGGCAGAAAAUAUGCCUAAUGAGAACAUUCAGCGUGCGAUUAAACGCGGCGCAGGUCUACUUCCAGGUCAAGAAAUAGAAGAAAUUUCUUAUGAGGGUUAUGGUCCUAGUGGUGUUGCUGUUAUUGUAUCGUGUUUAACAGAUAAUAAGAAUCGUACUGUCAGUGAAGUUAGGCAUGCGUUUACGAAAGCUAGUGGUUCACUUGGGGAGAAUGGUUCUGUUGCUUGGAUGUUUAAGCGUAUUGGUCUGAUUCGUAUCAGACAUACCGCUACAGAUGAAGAAACGAUGAUGGACGCCGCUAUUGAAUCAGGUGCUGGAGAUGUUCGUUCUAGUGGCGAAGAUGAUAUAUGGGAAUUCAUUUGUGGUGAUACAGAAAUCAAUACGGUGCGUGAGACAUUGCUUGCAAAUGGAUUUGAUAUUGUUGACUCGCUUCUUGCCUUUGAGCCCGAAAAUACCAUUGAACUACAAGGUUCGGAGGCACAGAAAGUUCUGACGUUUAUUGACACACUUGAUCAAUUAGAUGAUGUUCAGGAUGUGUAUGCAAAUAUUUCAAUUUCAGACGAAGAGUUUGAGCGUCUUGCUGCUGCGAUGUAG